AUGGCUUCACCUCGUCCGAAUCAGACGUCUGCGACGACGCAGCCUUUGACGCCGCCCGCUGAUCCUCCCGUGGCAAACAAUGCCUCCGCGUCGCAGACCAACGCUGCCCAUUCCAGCGCACCGAAUCCCACCGUUGUCAACCCUCCCUCUAUCCCGGCGACUUCGCUGAACGACUCGGGCAAGUCGCGUCGUCCACGCGAUGCGCGUCUGAUCCAUAUGCUGCUUGCUUCGUUGGGUGUGACGGCGUACCAGGAGCGCGUGCCCCUUCAGCUUCUCGACUUCGCCUACCGCUAUACCUCCUCCACUCUGCAGGAUGCUGUCCAUCUCACCAUGGAAGGAUACGCGGGUAACCCCUCUGGGCAGGGAGAGGUAAAUGUGACGGGUGGACGGGGCGGCGUCGAGGUGAACACGGUGACCCUGCAGGCGCUCCGACUGAGCAUCGCCUCCCGGCUACACUACCAGUUCCAGCCCGGUCUUCCCAAAGAGUUCCUCAUGGAUGUCGCGUCGGAAAGGAAUCGAAUUGCGCUGCCGGGUGUAUCGAGAGGGUUUGAUGCCGCCGGCGGCGCAUCGAAGAACGCCUUUUCCAACAUCUCGAUGGGCGGGAUGAGGCUUCCCCCGGAGCGGUUCUGUCUCACUGGCAUGGGAUGGAAUCUGAAGGAUGAGUGGGAGAGCGAAGGGGAAGAAGAUGAUGAUACGGCUGAACCGACGACAACGCAACCCGGUGCUGGUGCUGGUGCUGGUGCUGGGGUAGGUGCCGGCGAGAACGAAGAGGAAGGCAUUGAAGACGAAGGAGACGGGAAAAUGGAAGAUAUCUUUGGGGAAGACACAGCUAUGGGAGAAGGUGACGAAGAGGAAGAUAAGACCAUGACCGAUGCUUAA